GGAUCAAGAUAAAAAUCAAACUAACUUUUAUAUUAAGUAAUGGAAGUAGCAUGAAGCAAGGAGAAGGUAAUUUGAGUGUAGCAAGGAAGAAGAGUAUUGAAGUAAAAAGGGUCCGCUUUGGACUUCAUCGAUGGUGCUGUCCCACCAAAGGCCAUUUUGUGGUCCAUUUGUUGUUAUUGCAAUCCACUUGCGUCUCUUCCUUUCUGGCCGAAGGUAGCUAAGAGGCUCUAUGUUACGACUUCAGCAUUACAAACUUUGGAAGACGAAGUCAAAAUUGUAAGAGAUAAUUAAGCUAUAUGACUUUGUCAAGGCCUACCUAUACUGCCGUACCAGCCAGCCACAUCCUGACACAGUAAUAAACUAACAGCAACUUCUGUAACAAUUUUUCCGUUUUUUUCAGUCACCAACCGAUUCCAGAAGGCAGCGAAUAUAUAUGAGCAGCAGAAACGUCAAAAUUGAUACAUGAAGACCGGAGUUGUGUUACCGAGCAAAGGAAAGAGGAGAAAAACAUGCCAUCACCUGACCCAAACGAGGCCUCCCACAAAUGCCCUCAAGGAUGCUGCCCAUCCCCAUUUUUCAACUCUCCAGCAUCUCAGGGAGAAUUAGGCAAACCCAGAAAUAGUUGUGCAGAGUGUCGCCAUCGUUUUGCUACUGAAACUGCUUCCUCCAUCUUCCCAAACACCCAAUUCACUAAUCAUGAGUCUCUUCCAUCUCUGCAAGAUUCGUUCAGUGAAUUCAUCAAGGUUUAUCCACAAUACUCUGAGACUGAGCAAGUUGACCAGGUUAGAGCCAAAGAGUAUUCCCAUCUAAUUGCUUCUGAUCAUACUUGCCUUGAUUACAUUGGUAUUGGCCUCUUCUCCUACUCUCAACUGCAACGCCUUGAUGUCUCGAAAACCCAAGACUCUUCUCCUUCAAUUUCUAAAGCACCACCGGAAUAUUCAGAUUUCCCAUUGUUUAGUAUCUCCUCCAGAACUGGGAAUAUCAAGACUCUACUGCUUCAUGGUGGACCAGAGUCAGCAUUUGAGUCCGCAUUGAGGAAAAGAAUCAUGAGUUUCCUGAAUGUUUCUGAUAAUGAUUACUUCAUGUUAUUCACAGCAAAUAGAACAGCAGCUUUUAAACUCGUGGCUGAAUCUUACCCAUUCCAGGCUUGUCGCAAGCUUCUGACAGUUUAUGACCAUGAAAGUGAGGCAAUAGAAACAAUGAUUAGCUCCUCGGAGAAGAGAGGAGCCAAAGCUAUGUCUGCAGAGUUUAAAUGGUCACGACUCAGGAUUCAGUCUGCUAAAUUGAGAAAGAUGAUCGCGGGCAGGCGGAAGAAGAAGAAAAAAAGGGGGCUUUUCGUUUUCCCAAUUCAUUCUAGAGUAACAGGAGCUAGAUACCCUUAUCUCUGGAUGAGCAUAGCGCAGGAGAAUGGGUGGCACGUAUUAGUUGAUGCAUGUGCACUGGGACCUAAAGAAAUGGACAGCUUUGGCCUCUCUCUUUUUCGCCCAGAUUUUAUUAUAUGUCCCUUCUAUAAGGUGUUUGGGGAAAACCCGUCAGGAUUUGGAUGCCUCUUUGUAAAGAAAUCAGUCAUAUCCAUUCUAGAAGAUUCCUCUAGUGCAGGAAUUGUGAAUCUUGUAGCAGAAAGGCAACCAUUUCAAGUGUCAGACGAUUCUUCAGGAACGGACAUAAAACUUGAAAAAAAACCAUCAAGAUUACAAGAAGAACUAGCUUCUUCAAGCUCUUUCUUCAGUAAGAUAACAAAAGUAGGAGAAUCAUCUGGGCUUCAGCGCACAAAGGCACCAGAAGAAUCAAAAUCUCCAAAGAGCUCUGCAAGCGAGGAAAUGCAUGACGCUAUUGAGAGCCAGCAAGAGAGGAAAGCUAAAGAUGGAGAAGAUGAGUACCUUGAUAUUGAAUGCAGAUGUUUAGACCAAGUGGACUUGUUGGGGCCGAUACUGAUUACUAACAGAGCAAGGUACCUAAUAAAUUGGCUGGUAAACUCAUUAUUGAAGCUUAAGCACCCCAAAACAGAAGGGGUUCCCCUUGUCAAGAUUUAUGGUCCGAAGAUAAAAUUUGACAGAGGGCCUGCUUUGGCAUUCAAUGUAUUUGAUUGGAAAGGAGAAAAAGUUGAGCCUGUUCUUGUACAGAGACUUGCUGACAGAAGCAACAUUUCUCUUAGUUAUGGGUUCCUACACCAUAUCUGGUUUGCAGAUAAGUAUGCUGAAGAGAAGCGAAGAGUCCAGCAUACCAAAGAAAGUAGAGGGCAGGAAGGUAACAAAAAAUAUAGAGAUAACCUGGGAAUAACUGUCGUUACUGCUGCAUUAGGCUUUCUAGCUAAUUUUGAAGACAUGCACAAACUCUGGGCUUUUGUUGCUCGAUUCCUUGAUGCAGACUUUGUGGAGAAGGAGAGAUGGAGAUAUACUGCUCUCAAUCAAAAAACAAUUGAAAUCUAGUUUUAUUUAUUCUUCUGGAUAAUCAAUCUUAGAAGACUUGAAUGUGAAAUCGGCUGAAGAUUCAUAUGCAUGGAAAUUUAAUUCUCCUUGAAAAAGAUCAGUAUAAACUUGUUCAUUCA